AUGUUCAAUGCGUGCGUGAUUGGUAUGGUGGGAUUCAUGGCGCCAGGGUUAUGGAAUGCGAUGAACUCAUUGGGAGCUGGAGGCGCUCAAAAACCUUUCUUGGUCAACGCGGCCAAUGCCCUGGUCUUCGGCUUGAUGGGCUUUUUUUGUCUGUUUGGUGGCCCCAUUGCCAACCGCAUCGGCCUCAAAUGGACUCUGGUUCUCGGAGCUGUAGGCUAUCCUGUCUACAGUGCUGGUCUCUAUACCAACAAUAGAUAUGGAAAUGUCUGGUUCGUCCUCGUUGGUGCUGUAGCUUGUGGUAUCAGUGCCGGACUGUUCUGGGCUUCAGAAGGAGCUGUUGCGCUGGGUUAUCCUCCACCAGCCAAACGUGGACAAUAUAUGAACAUCUGGCUUGUGUUCAGGACUGGAGGCCCCAUCUUGGGAGGUGCCAUCCUUCUCGGCCUUAAUCACUCUGCUAAUCAGAAAUCUAAAGGCAAAGUGGGUUACCAGACCUAUCUUGUUUUCAUCGCCCUGCAAUGCCUUGCUGUGCCUGUCGGGUUGUUGUUGUCACCGCCUGAGAAGGUUCAACGAGCAGAUGGCAGUGAAGUAAAGAUCGUACAGGAAAAGUCAUUCGCGGCCGAGCUUCGGGCUCUUGUUGCUGCUUCCAAGAGACGUGAUAUCCUUCUCUUGCUGCCUGUAUUCUGGGCUGCUUACUUCAAUCAAUACUCCGGAAACUUCCAAACUUACUAUUUCGGCCUUCGCGCAAGAUGUCUAAUCGGCUUCCUAACAAACUUCAGUGGCAUCCUCUCCUCCUUUCUCGUCAGCACCCUCCUAGACUAUAAACCUUGGCCCGUCAAGAAGAGACUAAACGUCUGUUUCUUCUACGUCCUCUUCUGGCAUCUCCUAGCUUGGUCCUACGGCUGGGCCAUCCAAGAAAAAUACACAAAAUCUCAACCAGUCUGGGAUUGGACAGACCCCGGCUUUGUGGAAGGGUUUUUCGUCCUCGUGUUUUGGGAUUUUGCUCAGCAAUCCCUUCAGAACUUCUUAUACUAUUUCCUCUCGACGAAGACUGAUAAUAUUUCAGAGUUGUCAAGGUUUUCUGGUAUCCUAAGAGGUCAGGAGAGCUUUUCACAAGCGGUGAGUUUUGGUAUUAAUACUAGGGAUUGGAAAGGCGGAAGGGUUCCUCUUGCUGUCAAUACUGUGCUUUUGGGGCUUGCGGUGGUGCCUACGUGGAUUGCAUUGCAGGAACAUGUUCCUGUUGAGGGAGCUAAAAAGUUUGAAGAUGUGAGUGAAUUGGCGGAGCAAGUCACUUCUGAGGAAGACAAGAUGAAGUUUGCUGUUAGGCAGACGGCUACGGAAGUUUGA